AUGUGUCCCAUCAACGUCAUCACAGGUGAAAGUCCAGCUAGAACAGAAAACCGGGGUGUGACGGCUGGACGAAGCCUGGCAGGCUGCCUGCGCAUCUGCAGCUUGAUCCCCAUCCCUGUGGCUUGUGUCUGUCCUCCGCUUUCCAGGGUGACUGUCCCGAUCUCUGGCUUCCACAGCUGGGGGGUGAACCUAGCUGUCUAUUUGCAGACGGAGUACUGGGACUCUGAGAAUCUGUUUCAGUGGGUUUCAUCUGCGGCAGAUCUCCACACCACCUUCUUUGUGUUUUUCCCAAUUUGGUUUCAUCUGUGCAGAGACGUGGCUGUCAAACUCAUCUGGCUGGCUGUGGUUGGAGACUGGCUAAACCUUGUGCUGAAAUGGGUGCUCUUCGGUGAGAGGUCAUACUGGCGAGUGCAUGAGACUAAGUUUUAUGGCCCUAUAAAAUGCCCUGAACUUCAGCAGUUCUCCAUCACAUGAAACUGGACCAGGUAUAUUACAGUAUUUAUUGCAAGGCUGAAAUACUUGAUUUUUAUUGGUCAAUCUCAUAUAAUAAAAUCAUUAAACCUAAA